GAGGCUUGUGGACACCCCAGGAUGGAUAUCAUCUUUGGCAAAAAUAAGAAAGAGCAGCUGGAGCCCCUGCGAGCCCGCGUGACGGGCCGGAUCCCAGCCUGGCUGCAGGGGACGCUGCUGCGCAACGGGCCGGGGAUGCACACGGUGGGCGAGAGCCGCUACAACCACUGGUUCGACGGGCUGGCCCUCAUCCACAGCUUCAGCCUCCGGGACGGCGAAGUUUCUUACAGGAGCAAAUACCUGCGGAGCGACACUUACAAGGCCAACAUCGAGGCGAACAGGAUCGUGGUGUCGGAGUUCGGGACGAUGGCCUACCCGGACCCCUGCAAAAACAUAUUUUCCAAGGCCUUCUCCUACCUGUCCCACACCAUCCCCGACUUCACCGACAACUGCCUGAUCAACAUCAUGAGGUGCGGGGGAGACUUCUACGCCACCACGGAGACCAACUACAUCAGGAGAAUCGACCCUCAGACGCUUGACACGCUGGAGAAGGUCGACUAUCGGAACUACGUGGCCGUCAACCUGGCAACCUCGCACCCACAUUACGACGAGGCCGGGAAUGUCCUGAACAUGGGCACCGCCAUUGUGGACAAGGGGAAGACAAAAUACGUGUUAUUUCAGAUCCCAGCCUCCGUGCCAGAGCCCUGGAAGCACACGGCUGUGCUCAGCUCCGUCGCCGCCCGCUCCCUCCUCGCGCCCAGCUACUACCACAGCUUCGGGCUCACCCCGAACUACGUGGUGUUCCUGGAGCAGCCCUUCAAGCUGGACAUUCUCAGGCUGGCCACGGCGUACGCCAGGGGCGUCAACUGGGCCUCGUGCCUGACCUUCCACAGGGAGGACAAGACCCACAUCCACAUCAUCGACCGGAGGACGGGCCAGCCGCUGCCCGGGCGCUUCUACGCGGACGCCAUGGUGGUGUACCACCACGUGAACGCCUUCGAGCAGGACGGCUGCCUCGUGUUCGACGUGAUCGCCUACGCCGACAGCAGCCUCUACGAGCUCUUCUACCUGGCCAACCUCAGCCAGCGCCUGGCGGAGAACGCCAGGCUCACGGCCGUGCCCACCCUGCAGAGGUUCGCCGUGCCCCUCCGCCCCGACCAGAGUGCAGCCGUGGGCUCCAACCUGAUCACGCUGGCGUCCACCACCGCGCGGGCGCUGAAGGAGAAAGGCGGCCGCGUCUACUGCCAGCCAGAGGCGCUGUGUGAAGGCCUGGAGCUGCCGCGGAUCAAUUAUGCUCACAAUGGGAAGCCCUACCGAUACGUCUAUGCGGCCAAGGUUCAGUGGACCCCCGUCCCAAACCAGAUCGUGAAAUUCGACCUUCUCUCCAAGUCCUCCUUGAAGUGGGAAGAGGAGCACUGCUGGCCCGCCGAGCCGGUGUUCGUGGCCGCGCCCGGCGCCCAGGCUGAGGACGACGGAGUGGUCCUGUCCACGGUCAUCUCCACCGACCCCCACAAGCUGCCCUUCCUGCUCAUCCUGGAUGCCAAGAGCUUCACGGAAUUGGCUCGCGCCUCUGUGGACGCGGAAUUGCACCUGGACCUCCACGGGCUGUUUGUCCCGGACGCACACGGGGCCACCAGGAAGCGGGACCCUUCUCAGGAGGAGCAGGACGGGGACCCCGCCUGCCCCGAGGCCUCGCGGAGCUGA